AUGGCAUAUUCAGAAUCUCAGGAAUAUCAAGGAUAUUCAGAAUCUCUGGAAUAUCAGGCAUAUUCAGAAUAUCAGGAAUAUCAAGGAUAUUCAGAAUCUCAGGAAUAUCAAGGAUAUUCAGAAUCUCUCGAAUAUCAGGCAUAUUCAGAAUAUCAGGAAUAUCAAGGAUAUUCAGAAUCUCAGGAAUAUCAAGCAUAUUCAGAAUAUCAGGAAUAUCAAGGAUAUUCAGAAUCGCAGGAAUACCAAGCAUAUUCAGAAUAUCAGGAAUAUCAAGGAUAUUCAGAAUCUCAGGAAUAUCAAGAAUAUCAAGGAUAUUCAGAAUCUCAGGAAUAUCAAGCAUAUUCAGAAUAUCAGGAAUAUCAAGGAUAUUCAGAAUCUCAGGAAAAUCAAGCAUAUUCAGAAUAUCAGGAAUAUCAAGGAUAUUCAGAAUCUCAGGAAUAUCAAGCAUAUUCAGAAUAUCAGGAAUAUCAAGGAUAUUCAGAAUCUCAGGAAAAUCAAGCAUAUUCAGAAUAUCAGGAAUAUCAAGGAUAUUCAGAAUCUCAGGAAAAUCAAGCAUAUUCAGAAUAUCAGGAAUAUCAAGGAUAUUCAGAAUCUCAGGAAUAUCAAGCAUAUUCAGAAUAUCAGGAAUGUCAAGGAUAUUCAGAAUCUCAGGAAAAUCAAGAAUAUCAGGAAUAUGAAGGACAUUCAGAAUAUCAGGAAUAUGAAGGACAUUCAGAAUAUCAGGAAUAUGAAGGACAUUCAGAAUAUCAGGAAUAUCAAGAAUAUCAAGGAUAUUCAGAAUAUCAAGGAUAUUCAGAAUAG